AUGGCCAAGGGGAAAGCAAAAGGCCCCAAAGGGAAAAAAGUCACCUUGAAAGUCGCCAAAAACUCCAUCAAGAUCACGUUUGAUGGGAAACGCCGCCUUGACCUGAGCAAGAUGGGCAUCACCACCUUCCCCAAGUGCAUCCUCAAGCUGGCUGACGUGGACGAGCUGGAUCUGAGCAGGAACAUGAUCAAGAAAAUCCCAGACUUCAUCGAGAAGUUCCAAAACCUGCGCUGGCUGGACUUGCACAGCAACCAGAUCGAGAAGCUGCCGGAGACGAUCGGCAUGCUCCAGAACCUCUUCUACCUCAACAUCUGCAACAACAAGCUGACCACCAAGAGCCUGCCAGUGGAGCUGAGCCAGCUGAAGAACCUGCGCACCCUCAACCUGGGCUUGAACCAGAUCGACAACCUCCCCACCACCCUUGGGGCCCUGAAGGAGCUCCAGGAAGUGGGCCUCUUUGACAACUACCUGACAACCAUCCCCAACAGUGUGGCAAAGCUCCCCAAGCUCAAGAAGAUGAACGUGAAGAGGAACCCCUUCCCCCAGCCAACAGAGGAGGAACUGUUAAUUGACACCAUCAAGCGCAUCGAAGCCCUGUACUUGGUGGACGAGAAAGACCUGUGUGGCCCCUGUCUGAAGAAGUGCCAGGAGGAGAGGGACAAGCUGAACAAGCUGAAGAACGCGGUGCCCACCUCUCUGAGGAAGCCAAACUUUUCUUCCCUCAUGACGCCCAACUCCACAGCAAAGGAUAACCAAGCGGAGUGGCGAUGA